UUGUUUCUGAAUCCACUGCUUUGCAACUAUCUCGUGGUUUGCCUGUGAAAGAUUCUCCGGGUACCAAGCCUGGAAUUGUGGUGGUUUGUGAAAGAGUAUAUAUCCAAGGAUUAUUGAGGAUUAAAAAUCUGAGGAAGCUAGCACACACAGUGAAAGUGAAGGUUUCAGUGUCAAGUUCAAAUUCUCGGAUACCAAAUGUUGAGGUUUGUUUUCAUAGGAACAUGUCCCUUGGGAUAGGAAUGUGCCCUCAAAGUCAGUGGGAGAAAGUUGCCAAAGGUUCUUGGAUUCAAUCCAUGUCGCCAUUUGACCACAAGCUUUUAGAUAUUAGAACAUCUGGGUUAUCCUUGGAAAGCUUUGAGGUAUCGAUCGAAGAAGAAUUCUUUCUGUAUCGAAUUAUCUUUUUAAUUCUGGGAACGGUGUUGAUGAGUUCGGCCUCCAUUCUGGGCAAGUCAUUGGUAUUCUAUUAUGGCAGUGCCAUGGUAAUUGGAGUUCUGCUUAUAGUGUUAAUGAUCCUUUUUCAGGGGAUGAAGCUUCUACCUACUGGUCGGAAGAGCUCACUUGCAAUUUUUCUAUAUGCAUCUGCAGUUGGUCUGGGAUCUUUUUUCCUCCGUUACAUACCUGGAUUAUUGCAUCAAAUACUUUUGGAAAUGGGUAUAAGUGAGGACAUGUAUAAUCCUCUUGCAGCAUUUCUAUUGGCUUUUAUUUUUCUGAUUGGAGCAUGGUUGGGCUUUUGGGUAGUCCACAAAUUUGUCCUUGACGAAGAUGGAUCAAUUCAUACAAGUACAUCACUUUUUGUCACGUGGUCCAUACGGAUUUUGGCUACUCUUCUCAUUCUUCAGUGUUCUUUGGAUCCCUUGCUGGCAACGGGAGUUUUAAUAUGUGGAGUAAUGGCUUCUUCAAUACUGAGGAAAAUCUUCAAGUUGAGAUUUCUUCGUCGCCAAUACAAGAAUUUUUUCAAAUCGCCAAAGAAAAUGCACAAGAGAUCUCAUAUCUCUGAUUUGCCACGUCUUGAUGAUUCUUAUGAUGAAUUCACUUUGAGGUCUCCCCCGAGUUACGAAGACCCCAGGUUCUAUAGAUCUCAAGACAGAAAGUUCGCCCUUCAGUCCUGCAGUUCUUCUAAACGUGAUGUAUAUCCUUCAACAUUCCAUUCCACACCAGGAAGGAAAAAAUUUUCAAAGCACGAGUGGGAAAAGUUCACCAAGGACUCAACCGAAAAAGCUUUGGAAGAAUUAGUUUCUUCACCAGACUUCAGCAGCUGGCUUGUUGACAACGCUGAUCGAAUCAGCAUAACUCCCCAAAGUAGUAGAGCUGAAAAACGUCGCAAGUGGCUCGAUUGGUCUUGAUCAGGCAAGGUUGAUCACAACACGCUAAGAUUACGUGAGCAAACAUGUUGCAUAGUUAUCAUGAUUUUUUCUAGGAAACAGUAGGAUGUUUCUAGACAAAUUGAUCAAACCCACUAACUUGUAUUUCCUUGUAUGUUCGAUCAUUAAUCAUCGGCUAGAUUUAGAGUAUCUAUCUAAGAUACAAAUAUGUUCAUGUAGAUUUGCAUAUGUUUAGUCAUUCAAAUGGGAGAAUGUUGUAGCACUUCACUGUAUCACUGCACAAUGUAAUCCAAUCUCAUAGCCUUUUGGGAUGCAUUGGCUUCAAUUUAAUUGUUAGCCUUACUUUUUCCUUUCCCAGAUCGAUAUCUCAGCUUUGUUAAUUGAUCUGAUAUGAUCAUUAAGAUGUAUCUUACUGAUAAUUUGCAGCUUGAAGCUU